AAAAAGGAGUGUAAUUGUAAGGUCACAAACGUACUUGAUUAACGAUGUUCAUACGAAGCAGGAUAGAAAUGUAAAUCAACGAGAGCUAAAUUAUUUUUUUUCCCACAAAUUUUUGACAUAAUUAUCCUGGUAGAUUAGAUAGGAAAAAAGAUAGAAAAUAAUCUUAUUUCAAUCUUAUGCAACCAUUCAACGCGUGAUCAAACUAAUAAAGCACAUUUGAACUCGAUUAAAAAAAGAAACAAAAUUAUUUCAAUUUGGUCAUCAUCUCCUUAUUCUUUUAGUAUUAACUAAUUAUUUAUUUUUUACUAUUUAUUCAAUCCUGCUUUAAUUUCUGUUCUCGUAAAUUAAAAAAGAACAAAAUGCGUAUCUGGACAAGUGAACAUACUUUUGAACAUCAAUGGGAUACAGUAGUACAGGCUGUAUGGAGAAAAUAUCCAAAUCCAUUAAAUCCUUCUGUGAUUGGUAUCGAUAUUCUUGAUCGAUCAGUUUGUCCACAAACAUCUGUGAUGCGUACACAUCGUUUAAUCGGCUGUAAAUGGGGCCUUCCUGGUUGGGCUGAAAGUCUUCUUGGUCGUAGUAAAACAUAUGCAAGUGAAUAUUCGGAAAUUGAUCCACGGGCAAAAAAUUUUACAUUGAGAUCAAAAAAUAUUUCUUUUUGUAAUGAACUGUCCAUUAUUGAACAAUUAACGUACAAACCUCAUCCGUCCAAUCCAAACAAAACAUUAAUGACACAAGAAACGGUGGUCGAAGUUCAUGGUAUUCCAUUAAGUAGUUAUCUUGAAGAUUUUGUUCAUAAAGACAUAAUGAGAAAUGCUGCAAAAGGUCGACAAGCAAUGGAAUUAGUUAUUGGAAAAAUCAACGAAGAAGUUCAUGAUUUAGCACAUAAAACAGUAAAAAGUGUUGAUGAAUUAGCGGGCACUACAAAACGUGUACUGAUCAACGAUGAUCUUGUUAAUCGAACACAAAAAAAUUCUCUAUCUUCCUAAAAUUAUAAUAGCUAUUAUUAUUAUUAUUAUUAUGAUUGUUAUCAAAUUCUGUUCUUAUUCGGACAAUUAUAUU